UGAACACGUGGGGGGCAUUUCAAAAUGCAAUAAUUUGUGGUCCCGAUAAUUGAAAAUCUGUGAGAUUACAUUAAAAAUCGUAUAAUAACGAUAACGAAAGAAAAAAGUGUAUCUACAAUUAGAAAAUUGGGUCGUAAGUGGUUUGAACGGAUGCCGAUCGGAUAUACAAUGUUCCCUGUUCUAUUGUCCAUCCUGCUUGCAUCUAACGCUUACGCAAGCAACAAUCUCCAAGAUGAGUUCAUUGAGCUAUUCCAUUCGAGAAUUUUUGAGAAUGAAAUUAAUGAAACUCUAGAAGACUUGAAGAAAACUUUGAGGGACGGAAAUCCAGCAAUUGGAUUACCAUCUUUUGAUCCAUACCAACUGAAUUAUACCGAUGUUAAUUUGAAACUGGAAAACAUUCUUACGACUAAUGCUUCUGCAUCCAAUAUUGUCGUGUCCGGUAUUCCAGAUUUUAUAGCAACUUUCUUGAAUUUGGAUAUUGCUGAAUUAGAACUAAAUUUUACCAUAUUAUUUCCGGAAAUAGAUGCCAGAACUGAAUAUGAAGGAACCGGAAAACUUUUUCAGUUCGUACCAAUUUUUGGUAAAGGAAAGGCCAGUGCAAAAUUGGCAAAUGCUGAAAUUGAGGGAUAUGUGAAAAUAUCUUUUUCGAAACAGAUUAGCUUAUUGGACUUGAAAUUGGCAUUAACUAUUGGUUCCGCUCAGUUUAAUUUAACCGGCUUCAUGGACGACGAGGAAUACAGUCAGGGCUUGGUGAAAACGCUGGAUGCGUACGUCGGAUCCAUUAUAAACGAUUACAAGGAAGAAAUAUCCGAGGCAGUAUCUCCAAUCAUCAAGGAUCUAAUCAACGAUUAUCUGAAAAAUAAAAACUUCCUGUUCCCAUAAUCCAUCAUCCAGCAUACACGAAUCUCAAUCAAAUUGAAACAAAACUUUCUUUCUAUUAUUUUUAUUUUUAUUCUUAAGCAAUUCCUCGUAGUUCGGUUCCAAAAAUAUGCCGGACUAUUUGAAACCGGACUAAUUGUGGAAAUACAUACAAAA